AUGAAGUCCUUCUUUUUGAUGUUCUUCUUCCUCGUCUUGGUGUCCCGUGGGUCUUCAGCCGUCAUCACGGGGGCAUGCGAGAAAGACCCCCAGUGUGGGGGAGGGAUGUGUUGUGCGGUGAGUCUGUGGAUUGGCAGCCUGCAUAUGUGCACGCCGAUGGGCGAGGAAGGGGACGACUGCCACCCUAUGAGCCACAAAGUUCCUUUCUUCAGGAGGAGACUUCAUCACACAUGUCCCUGUCUUCCCAACCUGGUUUGCGUCUCUGUAGAGGAAGGAAGAUCCAAAUGUCUACCAUACCAGACAGAGCAGGACUACAUCUGA